AUGCAGACGGAAGACACAUCCUUCAGCGAUGCUAGCCACGCUACUGAGGUUCUGGAAUACGACGCUGUGGGCAGCGAUGCAGAUUUACAACGGUCAAGUUUAUCUGAUGUAGAUAUGCCCAGUGCUCGAGGCUCGGUAGAAGAAGAUUUGGACAUCGGUGAUCACUCUGCGGUCGACUUCGUCAGCAACGCGACUGAAACUGUGAUCGCAGUCGCCGAUCCUAUUGGAAACGAUGUUGGAGACAAAGAAGAAGACCUAGACUCAUCUCUCGACUACGGCAGAGACAUUGAUGAAGGAGCCUUCACGUCUGCAGAUAUCAGUAAUUUGGCUUAG